AUGGCUCCGCGCGUGCUCCGCGAGGUGACGGCCAUGCGCCGGCUGCACCACCCCAACGUGCUCCGCCUCCACGAGGUGCUCGCCACGCGCGCCAGGAUCUACCUCGUUAUGGAGCUCGCGCCGGGCGGGGACCUGCUGUCUAGGCUCGCCGCGCUCCCGCGGCGCCGCCUCCCGGAGCACACCGCGCGCCGCAUCUUCGUGCAGCUCGUUGCCGUGCUCUCCUACUACCACGCGCGCGGCGUCGCGCACCGCGACAUCAAGCCGCAGAACAUCCUCCUCGAUGGCGACGGCAACCUCAAGGUCUCCGACUUCGGCCUCUCCGCGCUCCCGGAGGACGUCCGCCUCCACACGGCCUGCGGCACACCGGCCUACGCGGCGCCCGAGGUGCUCCGCCGCAAGGCCUACGACGGGGCCAAGGCCGACGCGUGGUCCUGCGGCGUCAUCCUCUUCGUCCUCCUCGCCGGACACCUCCCCUUCGACGACGACUCCAACAUCGCCGACAUGUGCCGGAAGGCGCAUCGCCGGGAGUUCGAGUUCCCGGAGUGGGUGUCGCAGCCGCGCGCCGGCUGUGUCGACUCGCAGCUCGGUGGGCUGCUAAACGGCCAGCAGGAGCGCGCGCUAGCGUUCCAGGCGCCGGCCAUGAACGCCUUCGACAUCAUCUCCAUGUCGUCCGGGCUCGAUCUGUCCAGUUUGUUCGACCAGCGGAACCGAGAGAAAAGGUUCAUGACGACGGCGUCGCCGGAGCGUACACUUGAGGAGCUCGGCCGUGCUGGCGGGAAGCUCGGGUAUGUUGUGGUAGGUAAGAAAGGAGUGGACUGCCUGCCGCUGGGGGCCCUUCCAGGGCUGGCGGCGAUGACGGUUGAGAUGUCAGAGGUGGCGCCACCACUGAUGCUCGUCGAGCUGCGGCUUGAGGUGGUCGACGGAGACGGCGACGGGGAGGGACAAGGGUUCGGUUGGAUAGAGUUGAAACAUGAGCUAGGAGAUGUAGUAUAG